CAAUGUGGCGUGGCCUUCUUUGAUCGUACAAACAUCUGCCACAUCAUCAAGAUGCGUUUCCGAGCAGAUAUCCAAAACAACCACGUCUUCACAAAAUUGACCGCCUCGCUCGCAUCGUUGGGUCCGAUUGCAUGGGUCAAAUUGAGCGAUGAGGAUGUUCGCCUCACUGUGAUUCCUGAUCAAGGCUCCUCAGUAUGGGCUGUUCUUAUGAUAGACCAGAUAUUCGAAACAUACUCGAUCCAAUCUGCAGCCGAGAACAACACAAUCAAUCUUGAAGUGCCGCUGCAAAACUUACAUCGCGCGUUGAAGUCAGCACAAAACGCCAGCCAUGCCUCAAUUCGCCUGACCAAGAAGAACAACAUCCCGCUUCUUUCUCUUACCAUCACAACGUCCAUCUUUGCUGGAGCGCCAAAAGCUCCCGCCCGAAACGAUCCGUCAGAUGAACACGGCUACAAUCCAGGCUUCCCCUCCCGCGACGGGUUUGCCGAUCAGUUUCCGGGCGAUGAGCUAGACGAUCCUGCAGUCUAUGAUCGCCCACAACGAGAAACCACCAUUACCCAAGACAUCCCGAUCAAAGUGCUCUCACCAGCUGUCGUGUCAGGUCUACGUGAGCCCCGUGCGAAAGAGCCGGAUGUACACAUCGACCUUCCACCGCUCAUGCAGCUGAAGUCCAUAUCCGAUCGCUUUACCAAACUCGCCAUCGCGAGCACAAAAACGCCAAACGGUUCCACAGGCUUCCGAGGGAAUACGACGCGAGCACCAAAGCUCGAGCUCUCUGCGAAUAUGCAUGGCUGCUUGCGGCUGAGACUCAAGACCGACGCUAUGGAUAUCAGCUCAAGGUGGACUGGCCUCAACAAUCCAGAGCUGGACCCAUCAACGGUCGAAGGUGGUGAAGAAGGUAUCGCGCAACAUCCCAGUACUCGAAUGCGAGCAAGAGGUGACCCCGAGGGUCUCAGCGACGAAGGCUGGGCUACUGUAAGAUUGGAUGGCAAAGAUUGGGGCAAGGUGCUGGGUAUUGGACGAGUUGGUGGAAGAGUCAUUUCUUGUUUCUGUGACGAGAAUGCACUGAUCCUGUAUGUCUACCUCACGAACGAGGCUGAUAAUGCAGAGCAAUCGGUGAUUACAUACUACGUCAGCUCAUACAGUCAAUGAGUGUAUGAACGAAGUAUUACUUUCCCCCCCUUAUCUGCACUCGAGUUGUUCUUGUAUGAAUGCACAAUGCUUUUGUGAUUCCGGCAUGCCUCCGGUGAGAGUCGGCUUUUUGUCCAGCAAUCUCGGACUCUCAGUGGACACUUCAGCACCUCAAAGUGGUCUCUACAUUUCGA